ACCCCGACCCCUUCGCUCCCCAACCUCGCGCUCCAGAUGCGCUGCCCCCCGGCGCCCUGACAGCUGCGGAGCCACAGCUUGCGCGCGGCUCUUGGGACUGAUAUGCCCAGCACUCGGCUCCCCGUCUGCGGCCGGCCAGCGGGAGCGAUGAGCUGCCUGUGAACCUGGAGGCCCUGUGGUGGGGGGAUCACGCACCUUUCUCACCGAACCCCCCACCACCGCCCCUUCCCGGACCCCUUCCCCAAUUCCCCCGGCUAGGACAGAAGCAUAGAGGCCAUCGGCAAAGGUUCCUGGCCCAUCAGGAGGACCCCUGCAGGUGUGGUGUGGAAGCCAGCAGCUAAAUCUUGUGUAUGGCGUGGUCAAAGUUGCGGCCCCUCACCUCUGCCUUCCUCCACUUUGGGUUGGUUACUUUUGCACUCUUCCUCAAUGGUCUGCGGGCAGAGGCUAGCACAGCAGGGGAUGUGGAGAGUACAGGGCAGAACAAUGAGUCCUGCUCAGGAUCAUCGGACUGUAAGGAGGGGGUCAUUUUGCCAAUCUGGUACCCAGAGAACCCUUCCCUGGGGGACAAGAUUGCCAGGGUCAUCGUUUAUUUUGUGGCCCUGAUCUACAUGUUCCUUGGGGUAUCCAUCAUUGCUGACCGCUUCAUGGCAUCGAUAGAGGUCAUCACUUCUCAGGAGAGGGAGGUGACUAUUAAGAAGCCUAAUGGAGAGACCAGUACAACUACUAUUCGGGUCUGGAAUGAAACUGUCUCCAACCUGACCUUGAUGGCUCUGGGUUCCUCUGCCCCAGAGAUUCUCCUGUCUCUGAUUGAGGUCUGUGGUCAUGGGUUCAUUGCUGGAGACCUGGGACCUUCCACCAUUGUAGGGAGUGCAGCCUUCAAUAUGUUCAUCAUCAUAGGCAUCUGUGUCUAUGUGAUCCCCGAUGGGGAGACCCGGAAGAUCAAACACCUUCGGGUCUUUUUUAUCACUGCUGCAUGGAGCAUCUUUGCCUACAUCUGGCUCUACAUGAUCCUGGCAGUAUUUUCCCCAGGUGUGGUACAGGUGUGGGAGGGUCUGCUCACUCUCUUCUUCUUUCCCCUGUGCGUCCUUCUGGCCUGGAUGGCAGACAGACGGCUGCUCUUCUAUAAGUACAUGCACAAAAAAUACCGUACAGACAAGCACCGAGGCAUCAUCAUAGAGACAGAGGGUGAGCAUCCCAAGGGCAUUGAGAUGGAUGGGAAGAUGAUGAAUUCCCACUUUCUCGAUGGGAACCUGGUGAUGAUGGAAGGAAAAGAAGUGGAUGAAUCUCGCAGAGAAAUGAUUAGGAUUCUUAAAGACCUGAAACAAAAGCACCCAGAAAAGGAUCUGGACCAGUUGGUGGAGAUGGCCAACUACUAUGCUCUUUCCCACCAACAGAAGAGCCGAGCCUUCUACCGGAUCCAAGCCACCCGUAUGAUGACUGGAGCAGGCAACAUCCUGAAGAAACAUGCAGCAGAACAAGCCAAGAAGUCCUCCAGCUUGGGCGAGGUGCAUACCGAUGAGCCUGAGGAUUUUGUAUCCAAAGUGUUCUUUGAUCCAUGCUCCUACCAGUGCCUGGAGAACUGUGGAGCUGUCCUCUUGACUGUGGUGCGGAAAGGGGGUGAUACCUCUAAGACCAUGUACGUGGACUACAAGACGGAAGAUGGUUCCGCCAAUGCCGGGGCUGAUUAUGAAUUCACGGAAGGCACCGUGGUCCUGAAACCAGGAGAAACCCAAAAGGAAUUUUCUGUUGGUAUUAUUGAUGAUGACAUCUUUGAGGAGGAUGAACAUUUCUUUGUAAGGCUCAGUAAUGUUCGCAUAGUGGAAGAGCAGCCAGAUGAAGGACUACCCCCUGUCACGAUCAACAACCUUCCCUUGCCAAGGGCUGUGCUGUCCUCCCCCUCUGUGGCUACGGUCACCAUUCUGGAUGAUGAUCACGCAGGCAUCUUCACUUUUGAGUGUGACGUAAUUCAUGUCAGUGAGAGCAUUGGGGUCAUGGAGGUCAAGGUCCUCCGGACAUCAGGUGCCAGGGGCACAGUCGUCAUCCCCUUUAGGACAGUGGAAGGGACAGCCAAGGGUGGUGGUGAGGACUUUGAAGACACUUAUGGGGAGUUGGAAUUCAAGAAUGAUGAAACUGUGAAAACCGUAAGGGUUAAAAUAGUAGAUGAGGAGGAAUACGAAAGGCAAGAGAAUUUCUUCAUUGCCCUUGGUGAACCGAAAUGGAUGGAACGUGGAAUAUCAGAUGUGACUGACAGGAAACUAUCUAUGGAGGAGGAGGAAGCCAAGAGGAUAGCAGAGAUGGGAAAGCCAGUAUUGGGGGAGCACCCCAAAUUGGAAGUAAUCAUCGAAGAGUCCUAUGAAUUCAAGAGUACAGUGGACAAAUUAAUCAAGAAGACAAACCUGGCCCUGGUUGUGGGGACACAUUCUUGGCGUGAUCAGUUCAUGGAAGCCAUCACCGUCAGUGCAGCAGGAGAUGAGGAUGAGGAUGAAUCAGGUGAGGAAAGGCUGCCUUCCUGCUUCGACUAUGUCAUGCACUUCCUUACUGUCUUUUGGAAGGUGCUAUUUGCCUGUGUGCCCCCCACAGAGUACUGCCACGGCUGGGCCUGCUUUGUGGUUUCAAUCCUCAUCAUUGGUAUGCUCACCGCCAUCAUUGGUGACCUGGCUUCCCACUUUGGCUGCACCAUUGGCCUCAAGGACUCGGUCACAGCUGUUGUUUUUGUGGCCUUUGGCACCUCUGUCCCAGACACCUUUGCCAGCAAAGCAGCUGCCAUCCAGGAUGUGUACGCCGACGCCUCCAUAGGCAACGUUACAGGGAGCAACGCGGUUAAUGUCUUCCUGGGCAUCGGCUUGGCCUGGUCAGUGGCUGCCAUCUACUGGGCCCUGAAAGGACAGGAAUUCCACGUCUCUGCUGGCACCCUGGCCUUCUCUGUCACCCUCUUCACCAUCUUUGCUUUCGUCUGCAUAAGCGUUCUCCUGUACCGGAGACGGCCCCACCUUGGGGGGGAGUUGGGCGGCCCCCGGGGCUGCAGGCUGGCCACAACUUUGCUCUUCGUGACCUUGUGGCUCCUGUACAUUCUCUUUGCCACACUGGAAGCUUAUUGUUACAUCAAAGGGUUCUGAGCAGCGGAGGACCCAGAGAUCCAAGGAACCUCAGGGGCCUCACCACCCCUCCAGUGACCACCAGGAUGUUUGGCUGAGGAGAGAAAGCCCCAGACAUCUAUGUCCCUGGAGCACCUCCUUCUGCUCGAAUCUCCCCCAGCCCAGGCCCUGGGACUAAUGGACAACGGGAAUGGUCAAGUUGUAACCAAUCAGACAGAAAGACAAAAGAAGCCACAAAUUAUCAAGUAUUUAAAUACAAGCCAACAAUAGCAACAAAAUCAACUGUCACCUCCUUCCUACCCACAGUCCCAACCUUCACAGCAGAGGAUCACAUCUAUGUUCUUACUGCUUUUCAGCUCCAUUGUAUUUGGUUGCUUCAUGUUUUCAGGAUUGGGAUUUCUCCUAUGGGUCUGGAUAUCAAACAUACACAAACACACACACAAUGUUUUUGCACCCAGCUGACAGGUGUGGAGGCAAAUCAGAUCACCAUCAUUUGGCUUGGCCACUUUUUAAAAUUUGUGUUGUUAAUGUUAUUGUGAUGAUUAUUAUUAUUUGGUGUCAGGUUUACCUCAUUGUUUAUUUUUUCUUCCUCCUGACAUCCAUGACAAAGGUAAAAUGGAGCAACACUGGGCUGUUAUAUAGAGAAAGAAAAGUGCGAAUAAUGUUCAGCCACAAACAAUCUCACUCUCCCUAAGGGAUAUCUAUUAUGAUUCUGUCCCAGUUUCCUUUUUCCCCCCAGAGUUUUUUAUAGGACUGAUAUACUUAACAUGAAAAGAUGCAUGUGUGUGUGCACACACAAACACACAAACAAACACAUAUAGCUACACUCACACAUUUGUUGGGAGAAAAAUGAAUAUUAGAGCUUCAAAAAAGGGAAAAAAAUCAUUAAACAAAAAUUUUUGUUUCCUGCCCCUGUUGCUGCAUUUUGAAUACAACAUGUCUUUUGUAUGAGUGUCAAUUCCUUCAUCACCAUGGUAUUUUAUGAAGAACUAUCUAUAUAUGAAUUUAUUCUUGGUAAGCUAUAGGUAAGGUAAGGCACAAGAUGAAAAAGACCUGGCAGAAGAAGGUGUGAUGUGUGAGAGAGACUUCUUGAUCUUCUCUGAUUUGCUUUUUGAGAUGAGAAGCAUGUACAUAUAUCAAGGAUUGUUUUUAUUUCUAAGGCAAAACAAAAUUUUAUCAGUUAUUUGGUGUUCUCACCAUUUGGUGCUUUUGAGAAAUGUCAACUUCUCCAUGAUCUUACCACCUAGAGUAUCAUUAUACUAGAGUUCACCAAAUUUCUUAAAGUCAAAUGAAUUUGGGAGCAGUUAGCAGUAAGAGAGAUCCCCUCCAUCUGCCAUUCUAAUUUCUCUGUGCCUUUAAGGGGUGAGCACUGAGUUCUCUAUAGUUCUUAUAACUCACCAAUGUGGGUUAUGUUGGACAGAUAGCUCUUAAUAGGCUCUCAUGUUUUGAAAUUUCAUGAAGAUGUUUUUUCUAUCUGUACCUGUAUUAUCUCUCUGUGAUCAUAAUUUUCUUAAGUCCUAAUUUGGGGAGUGAGGGAUUGUCAUGUUGUUCAAAUCUUGACAAAGUUUGAGAGGUCUUGGCUUUAAAAACACACAUAAUCACCAUAAAACUGCCACAAUUCUUCAGGUUUCUUCAUUGACAUAAGUAUACUUUUUUUUAAAGAUUAAAAAAAUGAAAAGAGAAAAAUGUAGCCAUUUAAUUUUAAACCCAUUUUUAAGGAAAAAAGUGGAAAAAAAGUGCUCAUGUCAUAAGGUAUAUUGACAGUUACCAUUGGAAAAUUUUGGGGUGGUUAAAAAAUAAAAGCUAUACUCUAUCUCUUUAAAAAUA